UUAGGUUGUGUAUCUUUCUUCCUUCUUUAGGAAGGCCUGGGUUGCUAUAUACCGAAGUAAUGUAUUUAAAUACGUAAUGCCUGGAUGGGCUGGGCAGCCCUGUCUGCAGGCUGGGCCUGGACUUAGCCCCUGCAAGGGCUGUGCUUUUGGUGGGAAGAACUCCGAGGAGGGUCCACAGCAGCUGGGAAAUGCUGAGCGUCUUGAACUGGUGCGUGGUCUUGAGCGAGUGGGAUUAGGGUGUGGGCUCAGGCAACGUAGGCGGCUCCUGUGAGGAGGCCGGAGACACAAGAAGUCCUUGGCCUGUUCUUUACGGGCCAAGCGCCUGAGAGUGGCAGGGCUCCCAGCCCCACCCUGCCUGCUAAGUGGGGACCCCACAGGGCUGACGUGGCCCCACCGAGAGCCCCUCACCCGCACAGGGUCUGCAGGCUCACGUGCACUGCUCCUGGAAGCAGGACAGAGUGCUGUCCACCCCGGGCUCAGCCGGCAUCCAGAGUGCGGGAGAGGAGCCAGCUUCUGCCGGGGAGUCGGGAUGGUGGCAGGAAGGCUCAGAAGCCGCAGGAAACGGCUGCCCCAGCGAGAACUUGGGCCGACCGUGGCUCUCUGCUGGGUGAGGGCGCUGCUGGCAGACGGCGGGCUGGAUGCUGUGCUGCCCUGACCCGUGUGCGGCUUUUGUUGGCUUGGGCAGUUCUGGGGUCUCUUCCACUCAGGCACCCUUUCCUGCAGUCCUGGGCCAUGUCCCCAGCCGUGUCUUUGAUGAUUUUCUGUUCUCUCUGUGGGUGCCUGCUGUUGACAUAUUAGAGCAUUUCCUCUCCCGUUAGGAGGUGAAUGUCCUGAGAGCGGGACAUCUUGCCUGUUUUCAUUCUCCGUGCCCUCAGCAGGCCCCGACACACAGGGUGGGCACACAGACACCGUUGGGAUCCCUGCAGCAGGUGACUGAAGCCUGCAGGGUCUUCACGGGUGACCAGGGUCCCGGGACUGUGCUGUCCCAAAAGAUCAGGGCUGGAGGGCAGACAUGGUUUGUUUGAUGACAACCGAAUGAGAAGGGGCUUUCAGAAUCCCGGACGUGACCCCGGCACAGAGGAUGCCAAGACGGCAGCCCCACGGAUCUGGCGUCGACGAGGGCCUUCGCUGAGCUCAGCCGGUUGUGGCUCUCAACGGACGGAGGGACUUGCAGACGUGCAGGCUGAACAGCUAAACGGAGCGAAAAAGCACACGCAUCUUACAGAUACAGAGCUCACGGCCUUGGUGGAUGAGACUAGCAUGUUACGAAGGUGUAGGAACCAUGUGUCUUCUCCAAUUCAAGGAGUGAAGCCCUCAACCCGUGAGUCUCCACACAGAUAAGGAAGAAAGGAGACGGGGACACAGCUGAAUUCAAGUGAACCUUGGUGGCAGUCUGCCUGAAGAUGCCUUCCUGGGUUCCUCCCACACGUUCCGAGAGAAAACGCGGAAAUAAGCCAGCAGCACCUCCACGGCUGCCUCCCUCUGGCCCGUGUCAUCAGGGAGCAGCGUGCUGCUGCUGAGGCCACGGACGACAGAGGAGGUGUCCCACAUCCUCAGGCACUGUCACGAGAGGAACCUGGCCGUGAACCCGCAGGGGGGAAACACAGGCAUGGUCGGGGGCAGCGUGCCCGUCUUCGAUGAGGUCAUCUUGUCCACCGCCCUGAUGAACCAGGUCAUCAGCUUCCACGACAUGUCCGGGACCCUGGUGUGCCAGGCGGGCUGUGUCCUGGAGGAUCUCAGCCGUCACGUGGAGGAGAGGGGCUUCGUCAUGCCCCUGGACCUGGGGGCCAAGGGCAGCUGCCACAUCGGGGGAAAUGUGGCCACCAAUGCAGGUGGCCUGCGGUUUCUGCGCUACGGCUCACUUCAUGGGACCGUCCUGGGCCUGGAAGCGGUUCUCGCGGACGGCACGGUCCUGAACUGCCUGAGCACCCUGCGGAAGGACAACACGGGCUACGAUCUGAAGCAGCUCUUCAUCGGGUCCGAGGGCACGCUGGGGGUCAUCACGGCCGUGUCCAUCUUGUGUCCGCCCAAGCCCAGGGCUGUGAGCGUGGCUUUCCUCGGUUGUCCGGGCUUCUCUGAGGUCCUGCAGACCUUCAGCACCUGCAAGGGGCUGCUGGGUGAGAUCCUGUCCGCGUACGAGUUCAUGGAUGCCGAGUGCAUGUGGCUGGUCACGCGUCACCUUCGCCUCACCAGCCCGGUGCAAGAGAGUCCCUUCUAUGUUCUGAUCGAGACCUCAGGCUCCAGAGCAGGCCAUGAUGCUGAGAAGCUGAAUGACUUCCUGGAGCAGGUGCUGAGCUCUGGCCUGGUGACGGAUGGGACCGUGGCCACAGACCACAUGAAAGUUAAGGCGCUGUGGGCCCUCAGGGAGAGGAUCUCGGAGGCGCUGAGCCGGGAUGGCUACGUGUACAAGUACGACCUAUCCCUGCCCACCGAGAGGCUCUACGACCUUGUGACUGACCUGCGCGCGCGCCUCGGCCCGCGGGCCAAGCACGUGGUGGGCUACGGCCACCUGGGGGAUGGGAACCUGCACCUCAACGUGACGUCAGAGGCCUUCAGCCCUUCGGUGCUGGGCGCCCUGGAGCCCUAUGUGUACGAGUGGACGGCCGAGCAGCAGGGCAGCGUCAGCGCAGAGCACGGCCUGGGCUUCAAGAAGAGGGGCGUCCUCGGCUACAGCAAGCCGCCCGAGGCCCUGCACCUCAUGCAGCAGCUCAAGGCCCUCUUGGACCCCAAGGGCAUCCUGAACCCCUACAAGACGCUACCUGCCCAGGCCUGAGGGGGCCUGCCGGGGCCAGUGGGAGACACGGGAGGGGCCUUGGUCCUGUCCUGGUCUUGCUGUCCUGGUCGCAGUGGGCCUGCCGGGCUGGCUGGGGGCGGGGUGGGAGCGGGUCCCUCCCGGCUGUGCUGCUCAGCCUCUGUGCGGGCGCCCUCCAGCCCUCUGCAGGUUGGGAGACGGCCUCCUGCUGCACGUGCCGGGCAGGCCGGUGGGAGAGCAGUUCUGCCCACUCCGGAGACCGGCUGCAGCCGUGGGAGGGGACGUGGGUGGUCCUGUCCCCCAUGUGGCGUGAGCCCCCGGCAGAGGUGAUGAGCUCUGUGUGGGGUCCAUCCCGGGUCACCAGGGUCACCUUUGAGCCAGAGUGACAGGGAUGGUCUCCACCCUGGAAGGCAUCGUUCCUCCAUUUUCUGGAAGGUCUGUGCAUUGGCAAGACCGUUGUCAGAGGUCAGCCAUUAGUUUUUCGUCUCGGUGGUUUGCUGUGACGUGUCUGGUCUUCUGCAUCAAAGGUCGGUGAGGCCAGGGGCCAGGCCCGGGCACGCUGCUUCUGCGGCCCUGGCCUGCUAGUUGCUGUUGCCCUGGGGCCUCCUGGGGCUGUGGAGGUCUGAGGUUGGGUAUGUUUUCGCUUUCUGGCCGUCAUGAACUUCCAGUAAAAAUGGGAAUUAAUCACGACA